GAACCAAAACAGCAGCGCAAUCGGAAGUUGGGGUAACGCUAACGCAGCUUCAUCGUUUGUCCGCAAGCAAAACCAGGUUUGCAAUAUCCAUGCAAUGGAAACCACAAGUGAAGAAGAAACUAAAUUGAUACAACUUGAAAUUGAGGAAGAAUGUGGGGGAAAGGAACAGGAUUUGCUGUCUGAUGAAGAGGGUAUGACACUCGAUACAUCAGAUGACACAUCUGAAGAUGAGCGAGAGUUUGAAGCUGAAAUUCAGCGUCUGGAGGAGCAGCUCUCUAUCAAUGCAUUUGACUACAAUUGCCAUGUGGACCUCAUCAAGCUUUUGCGGCAGGAUGGGAAACUGCAUCGUCUGCGUAAAGCCCGAUUGAAGAUGAGUGAGCUCUUCCCACUUACUGAAGAGAUGUGGCUUGACUGGCUUAAAGAUGAGAUUAAGCUGGCAGAAGAUGUUCCUGACCGAGAGCGGAUGUAUGAGCUGUUUGACAAAGCAGUGAAAGACUACAUCUGUCCAGAUAUCUGGCUUGAGUAUGCCCAGUACUCCAUUGGUGGUAUGGGAUCACCUGGAGGAAUUGAGAAGGUCAGGACUCUUUUUGAGAGAGGUCUGUCUGCGGUGGGUUUGCACAUGCUAAAAGGUGCUGCCUUAUGGGAAGCCUACAGAGAGUUUGAGAUGGCCAUUUUGUCAUCAUUGCAGCCUGUCCCUGGAGAUGCUGUGACACCUGAGCAACAGGAGCUGCUCAAUACCCAGCUUGAACGCAUCCAUUCACUAUUCCGUCGCCAGUUAUCUGUGCCUCUCAUGGAUAUGGACGCCACGUAUGAAGAGUACAGUGAAUGGACUGAAGGGGCUGUGCCCAAAAUGGUCUCCCAGAGCUACAAAAGGUCUCUACAGCAGAUGGAGAUCAUCAAACCUUUUGAGGAGGCUUUGCUGCUCGCCGAGACUCCUAAGCUUGCAGAAUACCAGUCUUACAUUGACCAUGAAGUGAAGGACGGAGAUCCAGCCCGCGUUCAGAUCAUUUUUGAGCGAGCUCUGGGGGAAAAUUGCUUGGUACCAGAUCUGUGGGAGAAGUACACUACCUACUUGGACCGCCACCUCAAGUUGAAAGAUGUUGUUCUUUCUGCCCAUGAGAGAGCAGUCAGAAACUGCCCUUGGACAAUGACCUUAUGGAAAAACCAUCUGCUUGCCAUGGAGAGGCACACAGUGGAUCACUCCACUGUAGCCGAUGCCUUUGAGAAGUCCCUACAUGCUGGUUUUGUCCAGGCUGCUGAUUAUGUUGAAAUCUGGCACACAUACCUUGACUACCUGAGGAGACGGGUGGAUUUCAGUAAAGAAUGGAGUAAAGAGCUGGAUGAGCUACGGGGAGCCUUCUCAAGAUCUCUUGAGUAUCUGAAGGAUAUAGAAGAACGAUUCAGUGGAAGUGGAGACUUGUCAUGCACAAUAAUGCAGAUAUGGGCCAGGAUAGAGGCCUUGCAUUGCAGGAACAUGCAGAAAGCAAGAGAACUUUGGGACAGCAUCAUGACUAAAGGGAAUGCCAAAUAUGCCAACAUGUGGUUGGAAUACUACAACCUGGAGAGAUCCUAUGGUGACUCGUUCCACUGUAGGAAAGCCUUGCACAGAGCAGUGCAGUGCACCUCUGACUACCCAGAGCAUGUGUGCGAGGUUCUACUAACAUUUGAAAGGAUUGAGGGUACUUUGGCGGACUGGGAUUCUGCACUUUUGAAGACCGAAGGCAAACUCUCCCGAGUCAGUGAGCAGAGAGCCAGAGCCGCAGAAAAGGAGGCCAAUCAGGUGAAACAUGAGGAGGUAAAAGCAGAUGAGCGGAGAAGGGUCAAGGCCAACAAGAAAACCCUGAAAAAGAGUCACAAAAGCCAGUAUACUGCAGAGAAAAGGAAAGCUGAAAAAGAUGACAUCUAUGAAGCAUCAGAGCGCCCACUUAAGCGACAUUGUGGAGAUGGUGAUCCAGAGGGGGUUGAAACUGGGCAGUUUGGUCUUGAAGAGCCCCAUCAUAAAGACAUGGGUAACUUUGGAGCUGCCAAUAGAAACCGGCGAGUGCAACCAGAGGCAAGUCAGCAUGAGGCUACACAAGAGAAGUGGGAAGACAACUGCAGUGUCUUCAUCAGCAACCUGGCUUUCACCCUACAAAGCCCAGAGGAGCAACUGGGAACUAUCUUUCAGACCUGUGGCACUAUAAAGCAGGUUCGACCUAUUUUCUCAGGCCGUGGAACUUUUCGUGGUUACUGUUAUGUGCAGUUCCAGGACCCAUUAGCUGUUGCUGAAGCCCUGAAGCUGGACCGGCAGGAGCUUGAGGGCAGGCCCAUGUUUGUGUCACCAUGCAUAGACAAGAAGAAGAACCAAGACUUUAAGGUAUUCAAGUACAGUCCAUCAUUGGAGAAGCACAAGAUAUUUAUCUCUGGCCUGCCCUACACCUGCACUCAGCAGCAACUAGAGGAACUGUGCAAACCACAUGGCACAAUAAAAGCCAGCCGUCUGGUCACCAACCGCUCUGGCAAACCCAAGGGACUGGCAUAUGUGGAGUUUGCUAAUGAGGCCCAGGCUUCACAGGCUGUUCUCAAGAUGGAUGGAAUGGAUGUUCAAAAUUAUACCAUUUCCGUUGCCAUCAGUAAUCCACCUGGAAGAAAAAUGGAGAUCACCUCUGGGAAAGAAUACAAAUCUAUGCCACCGCAGCAGACGCAUGGAGCCAGGGGGAGAGGUCGCACACAGAUCGCCCUUCUCCCACGUUCCCUGCAUCGGCAGCUGGUACCAGAGUCAACAGCAGCAAAUGGAAACACACUCAAGCCACUUGCAGUAACGCAAAACAAGCCCAUGUCCAAUCAGGACUUUGCUGAGUUACUACGGAAAAAGUGAAGAAGUUUCAACUUUUCAAUAAGUUGUUUGUGUUAACUUACAUUUUUUUCUGGAUAUGGUUAUUUUAACUGAUAUGUAUGUGCAAGUUAAUUGUGAAAUGUAAAUGGGCAUUCCCUAUGACUACUGCCUAUGUAUUAUACUGAUUUGUCUAAACUGAAACACUUGCAGACCUAAGAUCACUCUAUUUUUCAAUUUUGCUAAAAUAUUUUAUUUGUCUUACUAUUGUAUGAAUAGCUUAGCUAAAUUUAGAUUUAAAUUGCUGGUACUGAGAAGGGAAUAUCACACUGGAAUACUAGUUCUCAGUAACGUAGUUAGUUGAAUGUCAAUUCCAAAUUGGUGAGGGCCCAUUUAAGCUUUAACCCAGCUCUAUCCUUGAUGCCGGUGUAUCUUAGCAAUGUGCUUCAGAGUUUCUAUGAAUACACUGUGAUUCUAGUCAGUGAAGUUAUAUUUGGAUUGUAAAUCAAAACUUACCAGCAAAACAUAAUUCAAAAACCUAAAAAGAAAGCAAUAUUAAUUAUGAAAAAAUACUUUUUUUUUCUUUUUACUUCUGAAUGUACAUUUCAGUUAUCAUUGUACGGUAGUUUUACAUUGUCAUUUAUGUAUUAUUGGUUCAAUUAUAUCAGAAUUGUUUUUCAUAAAAAAAUGGAUAAGUGGAUUUAUGACAA